UAUUUUGACAGAAUGUCCUACCGACUCACGGAAUAAAACUUUUUAUUUGCGUCACGAGAACAGUUGCACAAAAUUUUACAAAUGUUACAUGGGGAAAAAAGGGGACCCACUAGAAUGUCCUCUCAUGAAUGGAAGUAGUAACAGAUUCCACUUUAAUCCUAAACUUCAAAUAUGCGAUUGGCCAUGGAAUGCAAGAUGUCAAGAGCAUAUAUCCAAGCCAUCUGCUAUGAGUGUGUUAGCAUCCGUUCCGAAAUUGAAUUCUUCAACUGCAACAGUAAGUGCAAUACCAAUACCUUUAUGGACAUGUAAAUCUGACGGCAGAGUACACAAGAUUCCACAUGAGACUUUGUGCGACCACUAUUACAACUGUUACGAAGGGAAAGUGCAUCCGAAACCAAUAAAAUGUGAACGUAAUUUACUCUUCAAUCCGCUACUCCGCGUAUGUGAUUAUCCAGAAAAUGUAGAUUGUAGUGGCCUGCCUGGCACAACUCGAAGCACAUCUACCACAUUAACAACUACAAUUAGACCGACAUCACCAACUACGACACCAACUACAACACCAACUACGACACCAACUACGACACCAACUACGACACCAACUACGACACCAACUACAACACCAACUACGACACCAACUACGACACCAACUACAACACCAACUACAACACCAACUACGACACCAACUACAACACCAACUUCACCGCAACCAACCACAAAAUCAACUUCAAUACCAACAUUUCCGACAUCGCCGCCAACUACAACAACAACAACACGAAAACCGCCUUGGUGGACUUGUAAAUCCGAUGGCAGAGUACACAAGAUUCCUCAUGAAACUAUGUGCGACCACUAUUACAACUGUUAUGACGGCAAAGUAAAUCCGAAACCUAUAAAAUGCGAACGUAAUUUACUCUUCAAUCCACUUCUCCGCGUAUGUGAUUAUCCAGAAAAUGUAGACUGUAGUGGUUUGCCUGGCACUACCCGAAGCACACCUACCACACCAACUACUCCUACAAUCAGACCGACAUCACCGCCAACUACUCCAACACCAUCACCUUCACCAACAACUGUUACAACAUCGUCACCAACUACGGUGACACCAACUACAUCACAAUCAACCACUGAAUCGACGACACCAUCAACAACUUCAAUACCAACACUUCCGACAUCACCGCCAACUACUCCAACACCGUCACCUUCACCGACAACUGUUACGACAUCGUCACCAACUACGAUGACACCAACUCCACCACAAUCAACCACGGAAUCGACACCAUCGACGACUUCACCAACUACGAUGACACCAACUCCAUCGCAACCAACCACGAAAUCGACUUCAAUACCAACACUUCCGACAUCACCGCCAACUAUAACAACAACACGAAAACCGCCUUUGUGGACUUGUAAAUCCGAUGGCAGGAUACACAGGAUUCCCCAUGAAACUAUGUGCGACCACUAUUACUACUGUUAUGAAGGCAAAGUAAAUCCGAAACCUAUAAAAUGCGAACGUAAUUUACUCUUUAAUCCAAUACUCCGUGUAUGUGAUUAUCCAGAAAAUGUAGACUGCGACGCUAUAUUUACUACUAUUUCAACAACCACAAAAAUGUCUACGCCAACACCACCUAAAUCAUCAACAUCCUCAACCACAAUUACAACAUCAAUCACAAGCAUUACAACAGACACAACACCAAUUACGACAGCAACAGCAACAGAUACAACGACUACUACAACAAUUGAAACAUCAAACGCAACUACAGGAGAUACAACACCAGAUACAUCAUCAACUACACCAAGUACGACAACAAUUACAACAACAGAUACAUCUUCUGCAACAUCAGACAGAACAAUUACCAACACGCCAACAAUUACGACAACUGCCACAUCUUCUGCAACAUCAGACACUACAAUUACAAACACGCCAACAAUUAUUAUAACAGACACAUCGGCAACAUCUGACUCAACAACAAAUACAAUGACAUCUACAGCUUCAACAAUAACAACAUCAGAUAUUACAACAGCAGAAACGACAAGUGCGACUGCAACAACAACAGUUACACCUACAAGUACAACUACUGAGAUAGCAAGUACAACAUAUAUUACAACAUCUGAGACGCCAACUACAAAGCCGCCUAACAGACCUCGUGAGAAGUGUCCUCCUAAAGGAUCACCUGAAAAAGGGCGUAUUGCACAUCCAUAUCAAUGCCAUUUGUAUUACGAAUGUGAGAAUGGUGAUCCAAUAUUGAAACAAUGUCCAAUUGGUCAACACUUCGAUUAUGUACGAGAAGUUUGCGAUUGGGCUGCAGUAGUAAAAUGCAUUCGUCCAAUUCCACCAAUUCAUUACAUGAAAAGCGAUGAAACAUAUAAAGACUAUCAGUUAGAAUUGUCCCUCUACAGUCUUGAUCCAACUAUUUGCAUCGGCGUCUGUCCUGAUGAAGACAAUGAUUAUAUGAUAUUACUGCCAACCGACAACUGUAAAAAGUUCUGCAUGUGCAGCAACGGCAUGGCAUGGAUUCAGCCGUGUCCUGGACACCUUUACUUCGAUUCUAUAGAUAAAACCUGCAGGCAAAAACAAAAUGCAAAAUGUGCAGUACGUCCAAUCACUCAACAUCCCUUCUUGGAAGCUGAUAAAGUUGGAAAAAUAGAUUCAUCAAUUAUUAACAGAAAUGAAAACAAACUACGCAAUAUAUCCGGAUUAGCAGAGUCUUCGUACAAUCUUGAUCCAUCUACAUGUAUUGGAACAUGUCAUAAAGAAGAAAAAGACAAUGAAGUGUUAUUACCAAAUGAAGAUUGCAAGAAGUUUUGUCCUUGUAGGAACGGCACAGCCUGGGUACAGUCUUGUCCCGAACCGCUCUACUUUGACACUGUGGAAAACAUGUGCAAGCAGAAGAAAGACGCUGUUUGUGGAGUACGCAUAUUUAGCCAACGCCUCUUUGUCACGCAUAAUAAACUACUUGCGAAUGGUGAUUCAAAACAUCUAAAUACUGUAGACGAUGACACGGAGGAAAUGGACAACAAUCCUUCGUCUGCAGUAGCCUUCGAUAACCUCGACCCGGCCACGUGCAUCGGAACUUGUCCGGCGGAGGAUCCCAAGGAUGUAGUGUUACUUCCAAACGAUGAUUGCAAGAAAUUCUGUAUGUGCAGCAACGGCAUAGCCUGGGUACAGUCUUGUCCUGAACCACUCUACUUUGACACUGUGGAAAACAUCUGCAAGCAGAAGAGAGACGCUGUUUGUGGAGUACGCAUAUUUAGCCGACGCCUCUUUGUCACGCAUAAUAAACUAAUUGCGAAUGGUGAUUCAAAACAUCUAAAUACUGUAGACGAUGACACGGAGGAAAUGGACAACAAUCCUUCGUCUGCAGUAGCCUUCGAUAAUCUCGACCCGGCCACGUGCAUCGGAACUUGUCCGGCGGAGGAUCCCAAGGAUGUAGUGUUACUUCCAAACGAUGAUUGCAAGAAAUUCUGUAUGUGCAGCAACGGCAUAGCCUGGGUACAGUCUUGUCCUGAACCGCUCUACUUUGACACUGUGGAAAAAAUAUGCAAGCAGAAGAGAGACGCUGUUUGUGGAGUACGCAUAUUUAGCCGACGCCUCUUUGUCACGCAUAAUACACUAAUUGCGAAUGGUGAUUCAAAACAUCUAAAUACUGUAGACGAUGACACGGAGGAAAUGGACAACAAUCCUUCGUCUGCAGUAGCCUUCGAUAACCUCGACCCGGCCACGUGCAUCGGAACUUGUCCGGCGGAGGAUCCCAAGGAUGUAGUGUUACUUCCAAACGAUGAUUGCAAGAAAUUCUGUAUGUGCAGCAACGGCAUAGCCUGGGUACAGUCUUGUCCUGAACCACUCUACUUUGACACUGUGGAAAAAAUAUGCAAGCAGAAGAGAGACGCUGUUUGUGGAAUACGCAUAUUUAGCCAACGCCUCUUUGUCACGCAUAAUACACUAAUUGCGAAUAGUGAUUCAAAACAUCUAAAUACUGUAGACGAUGACACGGAGGAAAUGGACAACAAUCCUUCGUCUGCAGUAGCCUUCGAUAACCUCGACCCGGCCACGUGCAUCGGAACUUGUCCGGCGGAGGAUCCCAAGGAUGUAGUGUUACUUCCAAACGAUGAUUGCAAGAAAUUCUGUAUGUGCAGCAACGGCAUAGCCUGGGUACAGUCUUGUCCUGAACCACUCUACUUUGACACUGUGGAAAAAAUAUGCAAGCAGAAGAGAGACGCUGUUUGUGGAAUACGCAUAUUUAGCCGACGCCUCUUUGUCACGCAUAAUACACUAAUUGCGAAUGGUGAUUCAAAACAUCUAAAUACUGUAGACGAUGACACGGAGGAAAUGGACAACAAUCCUUCGUCUACAGUAGCCUUCGAUAAUCUCGACCCGGCCACUUGCAUCGGAACUUGUCCGGCGGAGGAUCCCAAGGAUGUAGUGUUACUUCCAAACGAUGAUUGCAAGAAAUUCUGUAUGUGCAGCAACGGCAUAGCCUGGGUACAGUCUUGUCCUGAACCACUCUACUUUGAUACUGUGGAAAAAAUAUGCAAGCAGAAGAGAGACGCUGUUUGUGGAGUACGCAUAUUUAGCCGACGCCUCUUUGUCACGCAUAAUACACUAAUUGCGAAUGGUGAUUCAAAACAUCUAAAUACUGUAGACGAUGACACGGAGGAAAUGGACAACAAUCCUUCGUCUGCAGUAGCCUUCGAUAACCUCGACCCGGCCACGUGCAUCGGAACUUGUCCGGCGGAGGAUCCCAAGGAUGUAGUGUUACUUCCAAACGAUGAUUGCAAGAAAUUCUGUAUGUGCAGCAACGGCAUAGCCUGGGUACAGUCUUGUCCUGAACCGCUCUACUUUGACACUGUGGAAAAAAUAUGCAAGCAGAAGAGAGACGCUGUUUGUGGAGUACGCAUAUUUAACCGACGCCUCUUUGUCACGCAUAAUACACUAAUUGCGAAUAGUGAUUCAAAACAUCUAAAUACUGUAGACGAUGACACGGAGGAAAUGGACAACAAUCCUUCGUCUGCAGUAGCCUUCGAUAACCUCGACCCGGCCACGUGCAUCGGAACUUGUCCGGCGGAGGAUCCCAAGGAUGUAGUGUUACUUCCAAACGAUGAUUGCAAGAAAUUCUGUAUGUGCAGCAACGGCAUAGCCUGGGUACAGUCUUGUCCUGAACCACUCUACUUUGACACUGUGGAAAAAAUAUGCAAGCAGAAGAGAGACGCUGUUUGUGGAAUACGCAUAUUUAGCCAACGCCUCUUUGUCACGCAUAAUACACUAAUUGCGAAUGGUGAUUCAAAACAUCUAAAUACUGUAGACGAUGACACGGAGGAAAUGGACAACAAUCCUUCGUCUGCAGUAGCCUUCGAUAACCUCGACCCGGCCACGUGCAUCGGAACUUGUCCGGCGGAGGAUCCCAAGGAUGUAGUGUUACUUCCAAACGAUGAUUGCAAGAAAUUCUGUAUGUGCAGCAACGGCAUAGCCUGGGUACAGUCUUGUCCUGAACCGCUCUACUUUGACACUGUGGAAAAAAUAUGCAAGCAGAAGAGAGACGCUGUUUGUGGAGUACGCAUAUUUAGCCGACGCCUCUUUGUCACGCAUAAUAAACUAAUUGCGAAUGGUGAUUCAAAACAUCUAAAUACUGUAGACGAUGACACGGAGGAAAUGGACAACAAUCCUUCGUCUGCAGUAGCCUUCGAUAAUCUCGACCCGGCCACGUGCAUCGGAACUUGUCCGGCGGAGGAUCCCAAGGAUGUAGUGUUACUUCCAAACGAUGAUUGCAAGAAAUUCUGUAUGUGCAGCAACGGCAUAGCCUGGGUACAGUCUUGUCCUGAACCGCUCUACUUUGACACUGUGGAAAAAAUAUGCAAGCAGAAGAGAGACGCUGUUUGUGGAGUACGCAUAUUUAGCCGACGCCUCUUUGUCACGCAUAAUACACUAAUUGCGAAUGGUGAUUCAAAACAUCUAAAUACUGUAGACGAUGACACGGAGGAAAUGGACAACAAUCCUUCGUCUGCAGUAGCCUUCGAUAACCUCGACCCGGCCACGUGCAUCGGAACUUGUCCGGCGGAGGAUCCCAAGGAUGUAGUGUUACUUCCAAACGAUGAUUGCAAGAAAUUCUGUAUGUGCAGCAACGGCAUAGCCUGGGUACAGUCUUGUCCUGAACCACUCUACUUUGACACUGUGGAAAAAAUAUGCAAGCAGAAGAGAGACGCUGUUUGUGGAAUACGCAUAUUUAGCCAACGCCUCUUUGUCACGCAUAAUACACUAAUUGCGAAUAGUGAUUCAAAACAUCUAAAUACUGUAGACGAUGACACGGAGGAAAUGGACAACAAUCCUUCGUCUGCAGUAGCCUUCGAUAACCUCGACCCGGCCACGUGCAUCGGAACUUGUCCGGCGGAGGAUCCCAAGGAUGUAGUGUUACUUCCAAACGAUGAUUGCAAGAAAUUCUGUAUGUGCAGCAACGGCAUAGCCUGGGUACAGUCUUGUCCUGAACCACUCUACUUUGACACUGUGGAAAAAAUAUGCAAGCAGAAGAGAGACGCUGUUUGUGGAAUACGCAUAUUUAGCCGACGCCUCUUUGUCACGCAUAAUACACUAAUUGCGAAUGGUGAUUCAAAACAUCUAAAUACUGUAGACGAUGACACGGAGGAAAUGGACAACAAUCCUUCGUCUACAGUAGCCUUCGAUAAUCUCGACCCGGCCACUUGCAUCGGAACUUGUCCGGCGGAGGAUCCCAAGGAUGUAGUGUUACUUCCAAACGAUGAUUGCAAGAAAUUCUGUAUGUGCAGCAACGGCAUAGCCUGGGUACAGUCUUGUCCUGAACCACUCUACUUUGAUACUGUGGAAAAAAUAUGCAAGCAGAAGAGAGACGCUGUUUGUGGAGUACGCAUAUUUAGCCGACGCCUCUUUGUCACGCAUAAUACACUAAUUGCGAAUGGUGAUUCAAAACAUCUAAAUACUGUAGACGAUGACACGGAGGAAAUGGACAACAAUCCUUCGUCUGCAGUAGCCUUCGAUAACCUCGACCCGGCCACGUGCAUCGGAACUUGUCCGGCGGAGGAUCCCAAGGAUGUAGUGUUACUUCCAAACGAUGAUUGCAAGAAAUUCUGUAUGUGCAGCAACGGCAUAGCCUGGGUACAGUCUUGUCCUGAACCGCUCUACUUUGACACUGUGGAAAAAAUAUGCAAGCAGAAGAGAGACGCUGUUUGUGGAGUACGCAUAUUUAACCGACGCCUCUUUGUCACGCAUAAUACACUAAUUGCGAAUAGUGAUUCAAAACAUCUAAAUACUGUAGACGAUGACACGGAGGAAAUGGACAACAAUCCUUCGUCUGCAGUAGCCUUCGAUAACCUCGACCCGGCCACGUGCAUCGGAACUUGUCCGGCGGAGGAUCCCAAGGAUGUAGUGUUACUUCCAAACGAUGAUUGCAAGAAAUUCUGUAUGUGCAGCAACGGCAUAGCCUGGGUACAGUCUUGUCCUGAACCACUCUACUUUGACACUGUGGAAAAAAUAUGCAAGCAGAAGAGAGACGCUGUUUGUGGAAUACGCAUAUUUAGCCAACGCCUCUUUGUCACGCAUAAUACACUAAUUGCGAAUGGUGAUUCAAAACAUCUAAAUACUGUAGACGAUGACACGGAGGAAAUGGACAACAAUCCUUCGUCUGCAGUAGCCUUCGAUAACCUCGACCCGGCCACGUGCAUCGGAACUUGUCCGGCGGAGGAUCCCAAGGAUGUAGUGUUACUUCCAAACGAUGAUUGCAAGAAAUUCUGUAUGUGCAGCAACGGCAUAGCCUGGGUACAGUCUUGUCCUGAACCGCUCUACUUUGACACUGUGGAAAAAAUAUGCAAGCAGAAGAGAGACGCUGUUUGUGGAGUACGCAUAUUUAGCCGACGCCUCUUUGUCACGCAUAAUACACUAAUUGCGAAUGGUGAUUCAAACCAUCUAAAUACUGUAGACGAUGACACGGAGGAAAUGGAUAACAAUCCUUCGUCUGCAGUAGCCUUCGAUAACCUCGACCCGGCCACGUGCAUUGGAACUUGUCCGGCGGAGGAUCCCAAGGAUGUAGUGUUACUUCCAAACGAUGAUUGCAAGAAAUUCUGUAUGUGCAGCAACGGCAUAGCCUGGGUACAGUCUUGUCCUGAACCACUCUACUUUGAUACUGUGGAAAAAAUAUGCAAGCAGAAGAGAGACGCUGUUUGUGGAGUACGCAUAUUUAGCCGACGCCUCUUUGUCACGCAUAAUACACUAAUUGCGAAUGGUGAUUCAAAACAUCUAAAUACUGUAGACGAUGACACGGAGGAAAUGGACAACAAUCCUUCGUCUGCAGUAGCCUUCGAUAACCUCGACCCGGCCACGUGCAUCGGAACUUGUCCGGCGGAGGAUCCCAAGGAUGUAGUGUUACUUCCAAACGAUGAUUGCAAGAAAUUCUGUAUGUGCAGCAACGGCAUAGCCUGGGUACAGUCUUGUCCUGAACCGCUCUACUUUGACACUGUGGAAAAAAUAUGCAAGCAGAAGAGAGACGCUGUUUGUGGAGUACGCAUAUUUAGCCGACGCCUCUUUGUCACGCAUAAUACACUAAUUGCGAAUGGUGAUUCAAAACAUCUAAAUACUGUAGACGAUGACACGGAGGAAAUGGACAACAAUCCUUCGUCUGCAGUAGCCUUCGAUAACCUCGACCCGGCCACGUGCAUCGGAACUUGUCCGGCGGAGGAUCCCAAGGAUGUAGUGUUACUUCCAAACGAUGAUUGCAAGAAAUUCUGUAUGUGCAGCAACGGCAUAGCCUGGGUACAGUCUUGUCCUGAACCACUCUACUUUGACACUGUGGAAAAAAUAUGCAAGCAGAAGAGAGACGCUGUUUGUGGAAUACGCAUAUUUAGCCGACGCCUCUUUGUCACGCAUAAUACACUAAUUGCGAAUGGUGAUUCAAAACAUCUGAAUACUGUAGACGAUGACACGGAGGAAAUGGACAACAAUCCUUCGUCUACAGUAGCCUUCGAUAAUCUCGACCCGGCCACUUGCAUCGGAACUUGUCCGGCGGAGGAUCCCAAGGAUGUAGUGUUACUUCCAAACGAUGAUUGCAAGAAAUUCUGUAUGUGCAGCAACGGCAUAGCCUGGGUACAGUCUUGUCCUGAACCACUCUACUUUGAUACUGUGGAAAAAAUAUGCAAGCAGAAGAGAGACGCUGUUUGUGGAGUACGCAUAUUUAGCCGACGCCUCUUUGUCACGCAUAAUACACUAAUUGCGAAUGGUGAUUCAAACCAUCUAAAUACUGUAGACGAUGACACGGAGGAAAUGGACAACAAUCCUUCGUCUGCAGUAGCCUUCGAUAAUCUCGACCCGGCCACUUGCAUCGGAACUUGUCCGGCGGAGGAUCCCAAGGAUGUAGUGUUACUUCCAAACGAUGAUUGCAAGAAAUUCUGUAUGUGCAGCAACGGCAUAGCCUGGGUACAGUCUUGUCCUGAACCGCUCUACUUUGACACUGUGGAAAAAAUAUGCAAGCAGAAGAGAGACGCUGUUUGUGGAAUACGCAUAUUUAGCCGACGCCUCUUUGUCACGCAUAAUACACUAAUUGCGAAUGGUGAUUCAAAACAUCUAAAUACUGUAGACGAUGACACGGAGGAAAUGGACAACAAUCCUUCAUCUGCAGUAACCUUCGAUAACCUCGACCCGGCCACGUGCAUCGGAACUUGUCCGGCGGAGGAUCCCAAGGAUGUAGUGUUACUUCCAAACGAUGAUUGCAAGAAAUUCUGUAUGUGCAGCAACGGCAUAGCCUGGGUACAGUCUUGUCCUGAACCGCUCUACUUUGACACUGUGGAAAAAUAUGCAAGCAGAAGAGAGACGCUGUUUGUGGAAUACGCAUAUUUAGCCGACGCCUCUUUGUCACGCAUAAUACACUAAUUGCGAAUGGUGAUUCAAAACAUCUAAAUACUGUAGACGAUGACACGGAGGAAAUGGACAACAAUCCUUCGUCUGCAGUAGCCUUCGAUAACCUCGACCCGGCCACGUGCAUCGGAACUUGUCCGGCGGAGGAUCCCAAGGAUGUAGUGUUACUUCCAAACGAUGAUUGCAAGAAAUUCUGUAUGUGCAGCAACGGCAUAGCCUGGGUACAGUCUUGUCCUGAACCGCUCUACUUUGACACUGUGGAAAAAA